AUGAUGGCCAUGUCUCUGUACGGCGGUUCUGGAACUGGUGGAAGCCCUUAUCAUCCCUUUGGACCAGCUUCUGGGAGUCACAAGCCUUUGACCAAUCAUUUGGAAAGAGGGUCUCGCAAGCUACCUCGACCUAAGCGCAGUCGGCGAAAGAAGCAGCGGGAAGUGUCUCUGUAUCCCUCAAUUUCAGCCGUGGAAGAAGCAGUUCCCGAGGCCAUUAUUUCCUUUCAUGACAAUGGCACCUUUGAAAUUAGUCUGUCAUCCAAAGAUGAAAUGAACGAUGCUGAGUCUGCGGGUGCCAGCGGCAACAACAAUGAGGAGAUCAAAGAAGAAGAGGUGGUAUCCUCAUCAGAGGAAUCCAUGAUGACGGACGAAGAAGACAAUCCUCUUGAUGUUCAUAGCAAGCCCUUUCAUCGUUGCCAUCACAACAAGAAGGUCAAGUCGGCGCUAUCGAUGGGGCGUCGGUCAUCCAUUUCAUCUCAAUCGUCCAUGUCGUCUCAAUCAUCAGAGACCAAAUUGAAUCAAGAAUUCCGAAAGCUAUCGGUCAAACGAAAGCCAGUGGCCAGCGCUCCUUGGCCCAUUGAUGAUGAAGACGUUGAUCCGCUGGGAGGAAUCCUCUCGACGGCUCCUCGCCGCAAGGUCUCGAGACAUGCCAGCCGUGAUUCACAGCACAGCCGUGGCAGUCUGGGAAGUCUCAGUUGCGACAGCAGCAGUACUGGAAGUGCCCCUCAUCAUCGUCGCCAUCGUCGUACAGCCACUUUUGACUCCAUCAACUCGGAAGGAUCCGCUGCUCCUUCUCUUGCAGAGCUUAAGCUGCAGGAACCGCUGUACAACCAACAGCAGAAACCAAAGAAACACAGCCGCAAAUCCACUGGCAGCAUCAACAAGAAUUCGACCCUGUCGGGGACUCCGACCAAGCGAAAGACGGGGGCUCCCUUUCGGCGAAUGAAAUCCUGGCAUGACGACGAAAAAUCGGCUGAAAAGAGAGCACAAGAAUUGGAAAUUGAGCCUGGGUUUUUCUUGCCAUUACGAGGUACUGAUGAAACAAUGGCGGCCGUCAAGACUGGAUUUGUAGAGGAGAUUUUCUGUCAAGCCUGUGAUGUUGAAUUGCUCUGUAUUGCCGAUGCUUCCAUGUGUGUCUGUCCAGAAUGCAAGUGUGUCAGUCCGGUCGACGGAAUCGCCUCCCUGAGCGCUUCGGCUAAAUCCAAAUACACCAAAGGAAGCGUGGGACUGGGUCUCAGAGCGUCAAAUCGGGUGUGA